AGGCUGCGGAUGUGCCCGAGCUGUGAGAUGCUCCCGUAAUGGAAGGGCCGCCGAGGAGUCUCUGUGGCUCUUGCCCCUUUGUGGAGGACAGUUUCAGCCGUCUCUCCUCGCAGAGCAACAUCUACGGUCUCAGUGCCUUCCCUAAGCCGAAGGGGGGUUGCGACCUGCUGACUGCCACCCUUAAAGGGAAGGUCAUCUGCUUCAGGUACCAGAACCUCCGACAGAAAAUCAGGCCUGUGGCCAAGGAGGUGCAGUUCACCUACAUCCCAGUUGAUGCAGAGAUCGUGUCCAUUGAUGCUUUCAACAAAUCACCCCCAAAAAGAGGUCUAGUCGUGGGAAUAACCUUUAUUAAGGACUCUGGGGAUAAGGCAAGUCCAUUUCUCAACAUUUACUGUGACUACGAGCCGGGAUCGGAGUAUAACUUGGACUCUAUAGCACAAAGCUGCCUGAACCUGGAGCUGCAGUUCACACCAUUCCAGCUUUGCCACGUGGAGGUUCAAGAGAGGAGACAGUACGAGACGGUGUUCCUGCUCAGUGGCCAUGACCACCAGAUGCACCUGUACAAAGAAAAUGAAACACUGCACCAGUUUGAAGAGCAGCCAGUAGAAUUCUUUUUCCCAGAGUUGACAAACUUACCCAGCCAUGUCCUCUGGCUCGAUGUUGUCAACAUUCCAGACUCCACCAGGCGCCUGACUGCUUUCGGCUGUCAGAAUGGAUUUGUGCGAGUUUCCCAUGUGGAUCAGGAAUCUAAAGUUGUUCUGCAGAGUUGGAAUGUUCAACAGGAUGGCCCAAUUUCCACGGUGCUGCUCUUCAGGUUACCGACUGACAAUCACAGGAGCCGUCCAGGCAGGAGAGGUGACUCAGGUGAUGACCCCUGCUCGGGUGAGGGCUGUGCCUCUUUGGGUAAUUACGACUUGCUGGUGACCUCCGCAAUUGAACUCUCAGUUGUCUACAGGGAUGUGCUAAAAAAUGGCCUCAACGACCAGGUCAUUCUGCCAGAGAGUGACCAGUAUGACACCGUCCUUUGUGCUAUGGUGGCUGACGUGGACUUCGAUGGAGUAAAAGAAAUUCUCCUGGGAACCUACGGCCAGGAGCUGCUUUGCUACAAGUCCUGUGUCGGGGGUAUUCCAGACCCAGAGGUGUUGGAGUCAGGGUUUGCCUCCCAGCUCCGAGGAGAGUUCCGGCUGCUGUGGAGAAGAAGUUUCCAGAGCCCCUUGCUGUCCAUGGCCUACGUUGACCUGACCUGUGACGGCGUCUGUGAACUUGCGGUCGAGUCCCUGAAGGGGUUGCACAUUCUGCAGCACAGCUUAACCAAGACGGCCGGCCUGGUGUUGGAGAGGCUUCGCUCCAGGGUGCCGGUGCUGGAGAGCCAGGAGGCAGUGGAGAAGGUGGAGCCUGAGGAUGACGGACAGCUGACAGAGGCUCCAGGGAAUAUCCCGGAGGUGGAUCGGGAGCAGGCAGCUGAAUGCACCAGUUGAAGUCAAACUCACCGAGCUUCCGAUGCAACUGCUUUGCACCCUCACCCCCACCCAAAGACCUUCCCCUUCUCAAAGCGUUCUCACUUUGCCCACUCAACAGCAACCGCUUGGUGAUUCUUCCUGGAAAGAUUUUGCACUUUUAGGGGUACUUUUACCAACCAGAGAAGCAUUGGAGGGGGAAGGAAGCCUUUGUGUUGGGAUUAGUGUCGGCUGGAGGAACAGGAAGGUUGGGGGGUGGAAUUAAACGUCCUAAAUCUCCCUUCUCUCCCACUCCCCCUGUAUGUACCCUGCCAAAGUUGCUGAGGUCUCUGCUGCUACAAUGGAAGCACAGAUUUGUGGCAGAGGUCACUGAAGUUGAAAAGGAAAUGGUUCCUGAGCCCCCUCUCUUUAAACUUUAUUUUAUUCAGGGAACAAGUUCACAAGAACCUGAAGCUGUGUCCCACAGGUAAGGGACAGUGUUUAAACACCUGCUAAUCUGUUUCCUCCCUUCUGAUAUCUUUAUGAAUGUGAUUGAAUGGAAAGAUUAUUGAGCCGUACUGAUGCUGAUGAAGACUGCUUGUUACAGGAGGGAAGUUGACCAGCAAUGUCACACUGACAGUCACCGAUCCAGCCCCUCUCCCCUUCCCAGCUUGGGAUUCCUUUUAUCAGCUGUACCGAACUCCAACUUCGGAGCAUUGCUUUCAUUGAUGUCAGCUGUGGCUCAGUGGAGCGCACCUUUGCCUCAGAGUCAGAAGGUUAGGGGUUCAAGCCCCACUCCAGAGACAGGGAUGUUGAACUGAGGUCCUGCUUCUGUCUCACAUCGAUGUAAAGGAAAGUGAAGCGGGGGAGUUCUGUCCAGUACCUCUCCGUUGUUCAACCCUCAGUCAAUCCCACAGCUAGCAGGUUAUCAGUUGGAUGUCACGUUGCCAUACAUGGGAGUUUGCUGUGCACAAUUAUACUUCAACGCUUCAAGAGACAAUUCUUUGACGUGCUGGAGUCAUGGAAGGUAUUGUAUAAAUCCUUAGUUUUGAUGUUUAAAAGUUUUAGAAAUAGCGUUUAUUCUGUUAAAUUACUGCCUAAUGUGUGUUAUUUAAUUAAACAAUCAGUUCUCACUCUUG